GAGAAGAAUGUUUUUGUCUCUUCCUACGUUGACUGUCCUUAUUCCACUGGUAUCUUUAGCAGGACUGUUCUACUCAGCCUCUGUGGAGGAAAACUUCCCACAGGGCUGCACUAGCACAGCCAGCCUGUGUUUUUACAGUCUGCUCUUGCCCAUUACCAUACCAGUUUAUGUGUUCUUCCAUCUUUGGACUUGGAUGGGUAUCAAACUCUUCAGGCAUAAUUAAUGCAACAAGAACCAACAUGGUAUAUAUCAAUAAUUUGGCUUGAGCAACUCUGAAAGCUCAACUCCAUGGAAAUACUAGAAAUCCACUUAAUUUGUAGGAAAGAUGCUUUACCUUGAUUAGAGGCUUAGGACUAUGAGAGGUGGCAUAAGCUGUGGAAGGAUCUUUUAUUGUAUUUUUGUUCUGCCCUUUUUUUCAGAUUUUAAUUUAUAACUGCUAUAUCAGAAAAACAUUUCAGAAAAGUCUUGGAAAUUAAUACACCCAACUGUCAUGAUUAUUUCUUACCCCAUUAUCUUAAAGUUAAUAAUUUGAAAUUUUAUAUUUCAGAAUCUUUGGUAAAGUCACACGUUAAUGAUGACUGAAAUAUUUUUAAAGGCGCUAUAUUGAAGUAAUUGGUAGAGAUAUGCAUUUAAAACUACAGUAAAAUGGAAAUUUUACAUACUUGCAAAAAUUUGGUGUUUGUAAAAUUACCUUUAUUUCUUUGGCAUCAAAUGCUUACAUUAAAAUAAGAUGUUAACACUUUCAUAAAAAAGUAUUUGUGGUGUUUUUGAGGGAAGGGGUAGUCACAACAGUGAUUCUAAGGAAGGGGAAAUGUAAAAAUAUUCUAAAAUUUUAAAUAUAGGCUAUGUUUACAAAAACAGUUAAUACCCAAAAUAGAAUAAUUUCCCAGAAAAAUAUGUAUGUUUGGAGGUUGAAGUGGAGUUGUAGCAUUUGUAAAUAGCUGAUUAUGUCCUACAGAGCUUAGUUAUUUUUUGAGUCACAUUUUCAGUUUAUUAUCCUGCUUUAGGAGACUUAGUUGGCACCACUAGAGCAUGAGAAUUGACAGAUUGUGAUUUUCCCAAACUUUCAACAAGACUAAUUGAGAAUAGUACAAUAACUAGUUUAGAGGCAGGCAUAGCAUAAAUGUUUUGGUAUUUACCUUAAAUCUGUGAAUUGAAUAUAAACUUAGUUGAAUCUUAAAAGAAUUCUUGUUUAACAAGCUGCAGACGGUAUUCAAAAUAAAAUCAAAACAGGGUUACUUGUGUUUUCUAUUACAUUAAUUCAGUGUAAUUACAGUGCAAAGGCAGUAGAGGUCCCCAUCAUUUCCUAGGAGUUAUGUUUCUUUUUACUGACCUAAAUCUCACUGUGGUUAGUGUAAAUGAAAUUUUGCCAAUAAAAUUAACACUAAAUUCUGAAAAGUCACUGUAGCAUGUGCAAAUGAAGCAUUUUAUCAUUUUAGAGAUAACUGAUAAAUACGUCCUGGGAGAUAGUAAUGCCAUCCACUCACUAAUAGAAUUAACAAUCACCUGUAUAGUACCAACAGUACAGUAGGUGUGGCUCUCAGCACCACGUUACACAUAAUUUUCAAUCUCAGUAACCUAAAAGGUAGAGUCAAUAAUGUUAGCAUUAUCUGAGGGGGAUGGGUUCUGAGGCCCCCUGUGGAUACCUGAAACCUUUGAUAGUACCUCUAUGAUAAAGGUUAUUUUAUAAAUUAGGCAAGGGUCUAGUAAAAUUAACAAACAGUAUGAAGUAUAACAACUGUAACUAUAAUAAAAGUUAAGUGACUGUGGCUUCUUCAAAUAUUCUACAUAAUAUUUCCAGACAGUUGUUGAGCUGGGUAACUGGAAAGUGAAACUCCGCAUAAGGAGGGAUACUACAUUUUACAGAAGAAACAAGCACAGAGAGAUUCAGUCAUUUACUCGGGGUAACUGAGCAAUAAUGACUGAAAUUCAAUCAUCUGGCAAUAUGAUUUUGUUACAGGGGAAACGGGUGACCCAGACUGUGAGCCCUCACUUGUAUGCUUAGCCUGGGAUGAGACCAAAAGCAGAAACAAAAAUAAGUUUAUAGUGUGAGAAUAAGGAGAGUGAGGGGAUUGGCAUUAGAUAAAAUAAUAAAGUAUUGUUGAGUUUCAUAUGUAAAUGUAAUAGAGCUAUUUAUAGAAGUAAUGUCUCAUGAAGCCUCUUAAUGUUAGAGGCCUUGACCCUAUAAGAAAGAAUUCACCAAAAAGUGCUACAUGUAGUUGAACAAAUCAAUGUUUUAUUAGAAACUCAUGCUUGAGAAAACCAGUGUCAGAAAGGAGAAUUGAACUUUUUUCCUCAGAUUUAGGAGGAGACAUUUGAAGGGUAAGUCCAUGAGGUGGGGAGGAGGAGGGCAUUGAGCUGGGCUACACUUGGGCAUGCUCUGGUUAUGCUCCAACUACACAUACGGUCUCUUGAACUUCCCAGGAAACUGAGAUAAUCUUUAGUCAGGAGCUAAUGCUUUUUGUCUAACAUGGCACCUCACUGGCAGUGUGGUGGGCCAGACUUUGCUCAGGGCUCACCAGCCAUGAUUUAUUCCACCUGUUCAAACAGAACUUGAGGCAACUCAUUACAUUGGCUCAAAAUUUUUUUUACCUAGUGCAGCAGACCUUUCCUGUCUCUCCCGCUGCUCCCCUCAGCAGUGUAUUUCAGUCAAUCUGCCUCUUCUGUUCCCCACUCUGUCUCUGGUGAAUCCCCUCACCACCACCCCCCACUUCUGGCCUGUGCCCCAGUUCUUGUAUGCAUAAAUAAAUCUUUAAAAAAAAAUUUAAAAAGCUGUGUAACUUCUUUGGAAAACAAUUGGAAAUCCCUCGGACAGGUAAACAGUUAUGACUUAGUAAGCCUAUUCCUAGUAUAUACUCAAGGGAAAUGAAAACAUGUCCACACAAAAACUUACGCAAUUAUUCAUAGCAUUACAUGGUGUGUCACCUAUAAGGGGAGGCUGUAGGGACAGGCACCAUCUUCCCUACCGCUGCUACAUCUCAGAUACCUUGGACUACAACUCCUCGCAUGCCACAAACUGGACUUCCUGAGUAGGGAUGGAGGGUUUGGGUGCUGCAGAGUUGAACAGCUUGGUGUACCUUUAAAAUACUGAAGGCAGAUGGGCCCGACUCUCUUGCUUUUUUAUCUUUGACUUGUACCCUGGUGCUGCUGGUAGGAUAGACAUCAUUUAGCCACCUGCUGACUCAUCUUUCUCUCUGUUCCCCCUUGUCUCUCUCCUGUAAACAAUUUUUUUUUU